GGUUGUGUGACCAGCACCACGCCCGGCCGCUUUUGUAUCCCCAGUAGAUUACAUAUUCACAUCCCACACUGCAAUCGCACAUCCGAACUGAAAACAAAACUCGCAACGAGCCCACAUCCGACUCCCCCCACGCCACUCAGCCCCCACCCUCACCUCCGCUGCGUCCCCACCCACACAUCCUCUCGGCUCUUUUAAGUCCGAACCGACCGAGUUUGAGGACAGAUCAUCUGAGCCUCCUCCAGCGACUACCAACUCACGCACCAUGUCGACAACAGGUGUGUCGCUGUUCGUCUCUCUUGCCGCUCUCUCAGCGCUGCUCAUUCCCAUCGCAGGUGGUGAGCCGGAGGUGGCGCUACGUAUGUACGGCGGUGAGCGCUGCCCCCCGCUGGCUCACCCGUGGCUCGUCUCGAUCGUGAACCACCGCGGGGAGCACGUGUGUGGCGGAGCUCUCGUCGCUCCGGACUGGAUCCUCACCGCGGCGCACUGCCUCUCCAGCCUGAACCUCGCUCGCCACAGGGCCCGCGUGCUGCUGGGCGAGCGGACCCUGCGUCCCGUGGGCUACAGGGACCCGCGGGUGACUCGCCACGUGGCGCACCCCUCCUACAACCCCGAGUCGUUCGAGGGGGACCUGGCCCUGCUGCAGCUGUCCCCCGCACCCCGCCUGGGUCCCGCCGUCUCCGUCAUCCCCCUGGCGACCUCGUGCCCCCUUCCCGGGGACCGCUGCUCCAUCGCCGGGUGGGGGCGGACUGAGACUGGUGUCUUCCCCAAGUCCUCGGAGUGCCUCAACGUGACCGUCAUCGAUGAACGCCGCUGCCGCAAGAGUUAUGGUCCCGCGCUCACCAACUCCAUGUUCUGUGCCGGGUUCAUGGACGGCGGGAGGGAUGCGUGCAAGGGAGACUCUGGGGGCCCCCUGGUGUGCGACGGGACCCUCCAGGGGGUCAUCUCGUGGGGGAAGGAUUGUGGGCGCGCACACUACCCCGGAGUGUACACCCGCGUCUGCUCCUUCUCCUCCUGGCUGACCUCCACGAUCGGCGACCUCCCGGGGUCCGGGCCCCCACAGCGCAUGCAGAGGUCCCGAUUCACGCGGGGAAGAGGGGGGGCAGCGGGGGCAGCGGGGGCAGGGGCCGGGGGAAGAGUGGGGGGUCGCCGCUGGUCUGCCGGGGGCAGGGGGUGGUCACGCACGUGAUUGGUCGAGAGAGCCGACUGGUUGAAUGAAUGAAUUGAGCGAUCGGUUUCGAGAGAUAAUUGGUUAGUGAGCUGAUUUGUUCACGAGUAGAUCGCUUUGAGUGUGUCCGUGUUGUGAUCGGCUAAUUAACGCAGAAAACGGUUAACCAGUUAAUCUGCGAGUGAGCCGAUUGAUUAACAAAUUAAUCCUUCCAUUGAUUAAUUAAUGACCGAGUGGUUUGGUUGAGAGCGGUCGAUUAGCUCGUAAGACAGCCGCGCAAGUCGUUAACGGGAUUGUGUUGACGAGUGAAUAGGUCGAUUGGUUCAUUAACUAAAUUUAGUGGGAUCGGUCCAACGACGCCCCUCCCCCCUGGCUUGGGUCAAUUUCCAACACGUGGACGGUGGUCACGUGACCCCCCCCGCCCGCAUAGCCGCUAGAGGGCGCUCUAUCCACAACAACAGUGUACAGAUUCUAGAUUUGGAGCUUUCGCGACUGCAGGAAUUAUUACUCUUGGGUUCUUUCGGUAAAGUCGCGUAUAAAUAAAUAAAUAAAAGAAUAGCAUACGACGUUUCGAUUGCUACACACAAGCAAGCAAUCAUCAUCAUCAUCGGGUACAAAUGAAAAAGAGAAAACAAAGCUCUGCUAUUAUUUAAAAAA